UAAAGUUUAGUGAUCAAUUUUUAUUUAUCAUUUUUUUUUCUCAUUUAAAGUACUAAAGCCAACGGUAUGCCAAAUACGGGUCAAAAUGUUGAGCCUGCGGGAAAAUAUUUCUCAAACCGCCGUCCCUUCCCUCAAAGCUCAUCCAAAACGGUCCUCCCUCCACCACUCCGCCACCGCUCCGCCGCCGCAUCCUGAACCCACCGCCAUCGCCAAAUUAAUCCUCAAAACGGACAAUUCAGAAACUAUAACCCGAAACCUCCACACCCUUACCAAUUGGACUCCCCAUUUAGUCCACACAGUUCUCAAACGCCUCUGGAACCACGGCCCCAAAGCCCUCCAAUUUUUCAACAUAUUAGACACUCACCCUUUCUACGCGCACUCCGCUACUGGUUUCGACCACGCCAUUGACAUCGCGGCUCGGCUGCGAGACUACAAGACCGUCUGGGCUCUCGUGGCCCGUAUGAGAUCCCGGAAACUUGGCCCGUCACCGAAAACAUUUGCGAUUAUUGCCGAAAGAUAUGUCUCUUCUGGGAAGGCUGAUAAGGCUGUUAAAGUAUUUUUAUCGAUGCACGAACAUGGUUGCUCACAGAAUUUGAAUUCAUUCAAUGCAUUUCUUGAUGUUUUAUGCAAAUCAAAGCGAGCUGAGAUGGCUUAUAAGCUGUUCAAUAUUUUUCGGGGUAGGUUUAGAGCUGACACAGUUAGUUAUAAUAUAAUUGCUAAUGGGUUUUGCUUGAAGAAGCAAACACCGAGAGCAUUGGAAGUUUUGAAAGAAAUGGUAGAGAGAGGUUUGGUACCUACACUAACGACGUAUAACAUAAUGCUCAAGGGGUAUUUUAGAGCGGGGCAAAUAGAAGAAGCAUGGGGAUUUUUCUUGCAAAUGAAGAGGAGAAAGGUUGGCAUUGAUGUCGUGACUUAUACUACAGUGGUUCACGGGCUUGGUGUCGUUGGGGAAGUUGAGAAGGCUCGGAAAGUGUUUGAUGAGAUGAUUGGGGCCGGAGUGCUCCCCUCGGUGGCAACUUUCAAUGCCUUGAUUCAAGUUUUGUGUAAGAAAGAUAAUGUGGAAAAUGCCAUCAUAGUGUUUGAAGAAAUGCUGAGGAAGGGUUACACCCCAAACGUGACGACGUAUAAUGUGGUUAUUAGAGGAUUGUGUCAUGCAGGGAAUAUGGAUAGGGCAAUUGAAUAUAUGGAUAAAAUGAAAGAUGACAACUGUAAGCCAAUUGUUCAAACAUAUAAUGUUGUCAUUAGGUACUAUUGUGACGAUGGAGAAAUUGAGAAGGCUUUGGCGAUGUUUGAGAGGAUGACUGGUGGGAGUUGUUUGCCCAACUUGGAUACUUACAAUAUCUUGAUCAGUGUGAUGUUCGUGAGGAAACGAUCAGAUGAUUUGUUGGUUGCAGGUAAGUUGUUGAUAGAAAUGGUUGACAGAGGAUUCUUGCCUCGGAAAUUUACCUUCAAUCGGGUUCUAAAUGGACUUCUGCUAACUGGUAAUCAAGGCUUUGCAAAGGAGAUUUUGAGCCUACAGAGUAGAUGUGGCCGUCUUCCUCGUCAUUUCAGAUUGUGAAGCCCAUUAUCGAUCAUUUUAGCUGGAAGCACAAGAAUUUGGCUUUCUGUAUUGGAUUGAUAUAAUAUCACAUUCUUGCAUUUGUUUGUGGUAAUACCAAUAUGAAAGUUAUGGGCAUCGUGUACGGGGCUUUAAAAUAGAAUUGUGUGUGCUAUCGAGAUAACGUCUUUGAUGUGGCGGCUUAUGGCUAUCUCCACCUGAUCUAAUGGUGGUCUUACUAUGUUGUUUUGAUCAAGGAGCUCGGACAUUGUUGAAACAUCAAGCGUGACUAUUUCUUCUCGUCAUGUCAGCCGCAUUAAUGUCCCUUUAUGUAGCAUGAUGCCAUUGGCUAGUUUCUUUGCGUUCUGCAUUAACACAGUUGCCAUACAAUAUCCAUCUCACAAUAUAAUAAUAGCCAAAGAUUUAUGUAGAGAUUCUCCAUUUUUUUCAAACACUUUUCAAAUCAUAGAAUUAUAUUUCUAACUUAUGUAAUUGAAUGUAAACCAGUUUGGAUAAAUGUGGAUAACUUCACUGCACUUUGCUUUUCGUUUGUUGCACGUGCCUUUUCCGUUUUGUUUUUCAUUUUUGUUUUAUGCAGGCAGUUCACUGAACUAUCAGGCGGUUAAAGUCAAGUUCAAAAUUUUGUUGAGUGCAAUUGGUCUUUAUCGAAGUGAUCCUAAACUGUUGUUAUCGUGGCACUCGAGGACCCACCUAGCCAACGUGGCAAAAGAAAGUCAAGAAGCUGACCAUGUUGAAGUACCAGUGGUGAGCCUCAGCACGGGCAAAGAGCUCAGACUAGGAUGUUUUGGUCAAGCUCAUACAGCCCAAGAUAAGAGAGGCGUCAAGUGAAACAACUAGUAGCAAGUGUGGAGAGUUCGACGCUGACGAGAAGUUGACCUAGUAAGGCACUUGACAUCAGAUUGAAGAGCUCAACCCAGCCUCAUGACAAGGCAGAGAGCUCGGUCACCGUGAAGAAUACCACCUUAGCCUCCAGAGUGGCCAAGUCUGUCUAUAAAAGCAACCAACUUGGCAGAUCCAUCACAAUCCAUGAAGAUGUUAGCUUGGCAACAAUAUACGACAAUACACUUUCUCAACAUUGAUAGCACUCAUGUUUUUGGUGGUUCACAAGGGGAAACAUGCUAACACUUAUUUUUCCAAUGCACUUUCUCCUUUCAUGUUCGGAAGAAUAUUUAGAUUGAAUAAACAUGGGCUCUUUCGAAGUCUCAAUUUUUUUCUU